CGUGUCGCUUCGACCCGCUCUCUCAUUGGUCAACACCACGGGGGGAUUAGGUGUGUAUGCAUUGUUCGUGUAAAUAGUGUUGAAAUGAUUAGGGGGUUCCCGGGUGGCGGUAUAAACGAAAUAAGCACAUGAGCGGGCGGGCCAGUCACUGGACGUCACCCGUCGCUUGCGGAGGUGCGGCAGUGUAGUGUUGUUGUUGUUGUUGUUGUGGUGGUGUAGUGAGGCACCCCUCCUAGUGUACCCGCCAGCCGCCGCCGCCAUGAUGGAACGCUCUCUCAAGUCUGCCACGCCGCCGCCGUCACAGCCGCAGCUACCGCAGGAGCCGCAGCGCAGUAUCUCUCCGCCGCCCUCCCUGCAGCAGAUGGACACACAACUAUCGCCGACGAUGACGGGGCCGCCGCCGCCGUGCCGCGCCUCUCGUGUCUACACCAUCGAGGACAUCUUGGGGCGGCCGCAGUCGCAGGAGGUGUCGGUGCAGCAGGUCAACCCCUCGGAUACCCAUCCUGCAGAGUCCGGAGUGGGUGUAGGGAGCCCCGAGGUGUCCCCGCGGGGUGAGGGGGACCCGACCACGUCCCCGGAGUGUCCUGACCAACACACCGAUCCCUUCGACCCCGACAAACCUCGUAAGCUGACGUGUACAGGUGCCCCUCGCCCGCAGGUCCGUCGCUCACGCACCACCUUCACCACCUACCAGCUGCACCAGCUUGAGCGAGCCUUCGAGAAGACUCAGUACCCGGACGUCUUCACCAGGGAGGAGCUCGCCAUGAGGCUUGAUCUGUCUGAAGCUCGCGUCCAGGUGUGGUUCCAGAACCGUCGUGCCAAAUGGAGGAAGAGGGAGAAGGCGCUGGGUCGAGAGAGUCCCUCCUUCAUGGGGGUCGACCACCCUCUGGGAGGCAUGGGAGAGCUGCCCUCCCCUGGCACCACCUCCACAUUCCGUCGCCGCCUCUGCUGCCGACCUCCUCCACCUCCACGCCCUCCACGCCCUGCAUCUCCACCCGUUCCUCCACCCAUCGCACGCCCCCGCCCUCCACCACAAGACUGCAGGGCCUCCUCCCCCGCCUCUUCACGCCCUCCUACAUCACUACAUGUUGCCGCCAGGCCUCCCGCUCCUGCCCCGCCACCAGCAUUGCUCAGGGCAUCCACCUUCCCAUGAUGGCCUCCAACACCGCCGCCUCCACCAGCCCCGACGCCUCCCCGCCCCACUCCCCGCCCAUUACAACUCACGCGCCCACCACCACCACGGCUGCCACCACGCCCACUGGAGCCCCGGCCUCCCCGCCCACCGGCCUGCCACUAGACUGCCGCGGCGCCUCCGUCGACCUUCUACGGCUGAAGGCACGCCAACACCAGGCACUCCUGGAGCGCCUCUCUCCCCCAGUGUCCGGUGUCCACGCCUCUUCCUGAACACCCAUGCCACUGCACGCCCUCUAGACCACACCACUGCAGUAGUUAGUCCUGAAGUGUAUGUUUCAUUACGAGGAAAGUGAAGUGUAUUAGUAUGUUAGCCCCAGUACACCCACUCUGCGUCCAUCACUGAACUAAGUUAUUGGUGAGGUGUUGUGCUCGGAGGUUCUCUGUACCAGCAGCAGCCUGUGGUGUAGGACAACACCACCCAGGUCCCGUGAGGCGAGGCGCAGCAAUCCCUGGGUCCUGCUGUGAGACGAGGCGUUGUGUACUCCGGGAGACCUGCAAUGUAUCACAGUGUACAUCCAGUACCCGCAAGCUGCGGUGGUGACGAAGAGUUGAAUGUUAGGACAGUCCCAGAGUCAUGCCGGCGGGAUUCUCAUUCACUUGGAUGGUAUGACCUUAUCUAGUACCAGAGUUGAACAUUAGUGAAGGUUCAGAUGUUCAAAAGAUCUGUCAUGUAGCCGUCAGUGCGAGGGACUACAGGGCGUGAGAUGUCCAAGGGAGACAAGGACACACCAGAGACAUUCCUCUCCUGACGUAGAGGAACUUCCUCCUGACCCAACUCCGUGUUAUGACCUUACUUAGUAGCAAGACCUUAACAACCAGAAGGUCAGAAGGACUCUGUAAACGUGACAAAAGACAAGGUCGUGUGGGUGUGGAGGACAACCCAGGAACAAUGCGGUUUCCCUCACAGAAGGGCCUCACAGUGGCUCCCUCAAGCCGUCUCGAGUGUAUCUUCCGGACUUCUGGACGAUGGCAGCGGGAAGCUCUUUAAUUACCUCUUUAUCAACCUAUCAUUUAGUCAGAUCAGUGGCAGCCUCACCAGCCUAACCCUGUGUUGUGUUUACAAGCGUUGUAUGAUACUCUUGUUCCCCUUGAAUAAGGAUCACUUCCCUCUGCUCUCUUAAAUGUUGGUUUGGAUCUCUCUCCCCCCAAAGUCGGGAUUCUUUAUUGACAACUAUUCAGCCAAUCUGGCCAAUUUGUCAAUAGAUUAACGAUUUUGAGCCUUAGAGGAGAGCAGCACGGAGACCAAAUUUGUUUUUAGCGUCAUGUCAUUUUUGUCUUUAUUGCCUCACGACCCAGAGCUCAAAUUGGCCAUUUAAACAACGUUUAUUGACACUAGCCAGCAAACCCAGCUAAUUUAUGAGGCUCACGGGACAUUGAUGCUAAUUAAUUAAGGCGGUAAGGUCGUAAUUGACGUGGCAGGAGUGGCGGAGAAUAUUAGGCCCGGUUUAUUUGCCCGCUCUCAACAAUACACUCACAGCCAGACCAAGUUUCCACCCCUCACCAUUUUCUGGGGGAUGUGUGUGUGUGUAUGUAUGUAUGUAUGUAUGUAUGUAUGUACGUGGAUCAGAGAGUCUGUAUGUCUAUUUCUCCGUGUCUGUUAUACACAUAAUAAUCAAGUAUUAUUAUGAUUUAGAACGAAAAAAAGACAAUGAACAUCCGUGAUUAUGUAAGAACGUUAAUGGGUGAACAGGACCUCCUCCCCCCCUCCACCACCACCACCAGUUGACGCUCCAAAAUGAAACUUCU